ACCGUUGUCCUUUUUCUCGGUUGGUUUUCCCUUCGGAGGGAGAGAGAGAGAGAGAGAGAGAGAGACAGAGCUUAGAGGUGUGUAUGGCAGCGCCGAGUCGGUCAUCGAGUUCCACCAUGAGGAAUCUUCUUCCUCCUCAAGAGCUCCUCGACGAUCUCUGCAGUCGAUUUGUGUUGAACGUCCCAAAAGAAGAUCUGGAGUCGUUCGAGCGAAUCUUAUUCCUUCUGGAGCAAGCGCACUGGUUCUAUGAAGACAAUUCGGUGGAACAGAAUCCUUCUCUAAAGUCCCUUUCCUUCAGGGAAUUCACCUCUCUUAUGUUUAAGAGUUGUGCUGCUUUAAGACCAUAUAUUGCACAUAUUGAUGACAUAUACAAGGACUUCACUUCUUACAAGUUUAGAGUUCCAGUGACUGGUGCAAUCAUUUUGGAUGAAUCUUACGACAGGUGUUUACUUGUCAAGGGCUGGAAAUCUGGAGCAAGUUGGAGUUUUCCUCGCGGUAAAAAGAGCAAAGAUGAGGAAGAUCACACAUGCGCAGUCCGUGAAGUCCUUGAAGAAACAGGAUUUGAUGUUUCGAAGCUUUUGAAUAUGGACGACUAUAUUGAGGUAGUAAUUGGUCAGCAAAGGGUGCGACUUUACAUAGUCACUGGAGUCAAGGAGGACACAGUUUUUGCUCCUCUAACAAAAAAAGAGAUCAGCGAAAUCUCAUGGCACCGUAUUGACGAACUUCAACCAGCUAGCGAUGAAGUAAUGUCACGCGGAGUAAAUGGGUUGAAGCUUUAUAUGGUUGCUCCCUUUUUGUUAUCUCUGAAAUCAUGGAUCACUGCACAUCCUCCUCCUCCAGUAACUCAGAAAUCAGAUGCAUCUUCUAAAGUAACCAGUGUAUGGAAGGCCAAGGGCAGUUCCGAAGGCGCGGCAACGGUGGUACCCGAGAAUUCUCUGUUUCAAGCUGGAUCUGGACCUCAGAAAGUCGAUAACGGACCUGGUAAAAGCUUCAGAAACUUCAGGUUCGACGCCGCGAGUAUCUUACAGGCAAUGGAAGCUGCUUUUGCUGCCAACUGAGGUGUGCUCCAUCUUACAAACUACUCUCCAUCCUCCAUUGCACUUGCAACUGCUGCCAUGAGCAGAAGAAUUCAAAUUUGAUAAAUCUAUCCACUUAGAAAGAUAUAUAUAUCUUUUUAGUAAGUCAUGAACUAUGUCACUAAAUCUAUCCACUUAGAACCUUCAGAUGUGAGCGUAGAACUUGUUUGCUCUUGUGCAAAAUCUAUAAAUGCAUAAAUGAUGGGAUCUUAUAUA